UAGUGCAGUGUUGUGUAGAAACAGGACACAUAUCAAGUGAGGGAGAGAACAGGGACGGACGGGAAUCAACACUCUCUCAGCUCUCAUGGCUCCAUUUCUGCUACUGUUGUUUCUUCUGUCUAAAGCAGCUUCUGAUGAGAUUGUGGUAGUGCAGCCUGGAGAUAACAUCACUCUGAACUGUAAGGCUCCUGAUCCCUCCAACAUAGUUUUAAAGUGGAUCAGACCUGACCUGGAGCCCAAGAACAAUUACGUCUUCUUUUGCAGAGGUUCUCAACCGCAAACAGGAAACCAGUAUGACCAGUUUAAGGGCAGGGUGGAGCUGAUGAAAGUAGAUCUGGAGAAUGGAAACAUUUCGAUAAUUCUGAAGAAUGUGAACUACAACGACAAUGGAACAUAUGAGUGUCGAGUUCUUUCUGGUUCCAGACGCAGAAAGAGAGAAGUUGACCCGCUCACAACCAUUAAAAAAAUCCAGCUGCAGUUUACCGACCCAGGUUCCAAGGACAAAAACUCCACUCCUGCAGGCCGAUAUGUUGGACUGGCAGCAGGUGUUGCAGGUGUAAUGUUUGCUUUUGUUGUUGCAGUGGUUAGUGUCCGGAAAUAUAAAAGACUUCGGGACAACAGACCAGGAACGCCUGCUGAUGAUAAAGCAGGAGACGUUCAGCUCCUCUAACAACUCCCAGAGCUCUUUACACCUGACUGUUUUCUCAUGUGCCGUAUAUACAACAUGAUUUCCAUUACUUCUGUGGGUGUGAGGUCAUGUGUAAAUCUGCUAUUUGAUCUGUUUGCCCCCUCCGUGAAUCUCCACCUUAACGUGGUGGAGGGGUUUGUGAGUCUGAGUCUGGGAUCUGUAUUAUCUGGAGCUCUGAUGGCCCCAGAGGAGGCUCAGACUGAGAGUGAUUCAAACCUUUCACAUUUAGAGAAAUAGAAUAUUUUACUUGUAAAAGUAAAACUACUGUUGCUCUAAAGAAAAAUACGUUACGUAAUUAAAAGUACUUUUACUUUCAAUACAUGUUCCUCAAGUAAAAACGAUAUGACUCGAUAUUUGAUACUUGAAAAAUGUGGUCAGAUAAAUUAAAAUGUAAGUCAGUCAGUAAAGAUGUACUUGAACAGCAGAGUGAGGUUUGAAUGAAGAACACAGAGGUGCUCAGACAAGAUCAAAUCAGCAGCAAUACAAAAAAAAUGCUUUGCUCCAAUAAUGUACUCAGCGCUGAUAUAUCCCUUUUAACACCGUGAAAUAUGAGCAGACGGAGCACCCACCAAAUAUCUUAUAAUCAGGUGUUAAGAGGUCUUCAACCUGUAAUGUCUGUCUGAUCAAGUUGAUUGCACAUUUUUUUACGGAGUGAAUUUUGCAUUUUAGUUUUCUGCUGGGUAAUAUAACAACCCGUUCUCAUUCCAAACUCGUAAAAUAAGUACGUUUGGGCAGUGUCCUUCAGCGUCUGAUGCGACGAAAAAGGCACCCUUCGGCGUAUUUAUGUAACGUACUGGGGAGAGCCGCAGUUGAAUGACAUUUAGCGAGUGGUAUGUAAGGGGAAAGUGCUGCGUCAUGUUGCCUGCUGUUGCCGGCAUAUUUCCAGCUAAUGAUAUGAAAUCAACUAACAUUGAAUGGUUUAAACUGAUGAGUUGAUUACAUUGUGAAUAUUGUUGAUAUUUGUAAUUAUAAAAGCAUGUAAUGCAGCUCAGAAUAUCUGUCUCUAAACAAGAUGUUAAACUGCAUUCAUUAUCUAUGAAAUAGAAUUACAUGAUGUUUGCAAAAGGAAAUGUUAUGAAAUGUAAACUAUACCAAAGUGAUGAUCUUUGCAAGGUCUUGAUAAUUAUUUAAUAUUAAUCAAUGGAUGAAAUAAUAAUGAUCAGAGACAUGACGGAAGUUGAUAACUCAGUUUUAACAUUCAGAUACCUUAAUGGGCUUUAAACUGUUUUACUCUUUUAUCUCAUUCUGAUAAAUAUUUUAUUUUGCUACAUGUUGAUCUUCAAGUUAUUUUUAUAUAUUCAUAGUUGUGUGUUUUUUAUUCUUUGAACACAAAUAAAGCCGCUCCAAAUAUCCAACCUCA